GCUGUUUGCUGCCAAGUGCAGCGGCUGCAUGGAGAAGAUCGCGCCGACGGAGUUCGUGAUGCGCGCGCUGGAGUGCGUGUACCACCUGAGCUGCUUCUGCUGCUGCGUCUGCGAGCGCCAGCUGAGGAAGGGGGACGAGUUUGUCCUCAAGGAAGGGCAGCUGCUCUGCAAAAGUGACUAUGAGAAAGAGAAAGACUUGUUGAGCUCGGUCAGCCCAGACGACUCAGACUCAGUCAAAAGUGAUGAUGAAGACGGAGAUGUUAAGCCCACCAAAGGCCAAGUAACCCAAGGAAAAGGAAGUGAUGAUGGGAAGGACCCAAGAAGACCUAAACGACCAAGGACAAUACUUACCACACAGCAGAGACGAGCAUUCAAGGCAUCCUUUGAAGUGUCUUCUAAGCCCUGCAGAAAGGUCAGAGAAACAUUGGCAGCUGAAACAGGGCUCAGUGUGCGAGUCGUCCAAGUCUGGUUUCAAAACCAAAGAGCAAAGAUGAAAAAGCUAGCACGAAGGCACCAACAGCAGCAGGAGCAGCAGAACUCGCAGCGACUAGGGCAAGAAGUAAUGUCCAACCGAAUGGAAGGGAUGAUGACAUCUUACACACCACUUGCACCACCACAGCAGCAGAUUGUAGCAAUGGAGCAAAGCAGUUAUGGCACAGACCCAUUUCAGCAGGGUCUUACCCCUCCACAAAUGCCAGGCGACCACAUGAACCCCUAUGGAAACGACUCCAUUUUUCAUGAUAUCGACAGUGAUACCUCUUUAACUAGCUUGAGCGACUGUUUUCUUGCCUCUUCCGAAGUUAACUCCAUGCAGGCUAGAGUAGGAAACCCCAUUGACAGGCUGUACUCUAUGCAGAGCUCCUAUUUCGCCUCAUGAAAGUAACGAGAACUAACAGCCGGCGUGCGUGUAGCCAGUGACUUUUCCAGUGCAGACUCUACAGCCAUAUGUUGCCCAGCUCUUCCUUCACAGUGACUCUGCUGCCUCUGGACUGCAAAGAGCAUUUUUUUAGGAAGACUGUCUCUGUUUGCAUAUAUGUGUAUGUAUGUACAUAUAUUUUAAUACCUACAUACAUACAUAUAUAGAGAGACAAAACACAUCCACCCGUCCCAUACCCUUGAUUCCCAGCUGGCGCCAGACCACGAGACAAGCACGGAAGGAACAGAAGAACCUGCUCGUCCUCAGCCUUUGAUCUGGUUUGGUUUGAGCUCAUCAUCUUAAAAGAAAUGGAUUUUGUGGAAAGCUAGACCUUUUCCUCCUCUCUCUUCUCCUUUCUUUUGGAUGUCUAAACUUUUUUUUUAGCCACUGAUACUGACAUCAGUCAACCAUAUGACAAAUAAAUCAAAGAAACUGGAGAUUCCUCCUUUUCUUACUGCAUGAUUCAUACUA